AUGAUCUCAUCAUUUCAUCUGGCCAAGAAGACGAAAACUGUCCGAACUCAACCGAAGAACAAACCCAUCAAAACGACGCGUCGUUUGAAGGAAAUGGAGAUCAGGCAUCCGUCCGACGACCCUGAAGUCGAAGCCGCUGCUGAGGAAUCACUCGCAGCAUCCAUCCCCAAAAGCAAGACGCCGCCGCCGACGGCGGCGAGCCCUUCGCACGGAUUGGUAUCGGUUAUGGGCCGGAAGAGGACGAUGUCGGACGCGGCGACGGCGGCGCCGCGGCUGGAAAUUGGCGGGUUCGAGAAUUGCUUCGAUUUCUUCGCCGUCUACGGCGGCGCCGGCGCCGGCGUGUGCCAAACCACGAUGCAUCUUACGGUGGCAAUGGAAGCGGACAAGAUGAGAGGGGGAUUAUGCAGGGGAUGGGAAUACUGGAACAGAGUGAUGCGCAGCAGCUUUCAGAAGAUGGAGGACGAGAUUCGCGAGCUGGGGAAAUCUGGACCGUGGACGGCGAAAGCGGCGGUGGUGGUGAUGGUGGGGAAGGAAGAGCUAGUGGUGGCUGAGAGCAACAAUAUCGCCGGAGAUUGUAGAGCUGUUCUGUUUCGCGGCGGAGUUGCCCUGCCUCUGUCGCGGGAUGAUCAAAACAGAGUAAAGUCCGAUGAUCUCUCAACCCUCUCAAAGUCCAAAAUCAGAAGAAGAAGAAGAAGAAGAAGAAGAAAUCUACGAAUCGGGUUCGGAUGCAGGAAUCCGCACAUCAAAUUCCAUCCAAUUCUUGAACGAAUUCGUUCUGUCUCAUUUUCCGAAAUUUUUGGGCAAGUCAUUGCUAAUUGUUGUAAUACAGGAGAUCGUGAUCGUGAUCGCCGUCAUCGGGUGAAGCCGGCGGUGACAGUUACGGAGCGGGGCGAAUCAAUGGGGGAAUUCGUGGUGAUCGGAUCGAAGGGGUUGUGGGAUGUGGUCUCUAAUGAGCUAGCCUGCGAUAUCGUCGCGAAAUGUUUCAACGGCGGGAUGAGGAUGAGAUUUGCUGACGACACGACGGAAAACUGUGCAUCGGCGGCGGCUGCGUUUCUGGCUGAGCUGGCGGUGGCGCGUGGGAGCCGGGAUAAUGUCAGUGUCAUAGUUGUCAAGCUGUAG